UCUACUGGCUCCAUCAUACAAGUUUUUAUUUAAAGGUCUAAAUAAUUCCACCAACGAGACAUGAAUCAGGCACAUUACUGUUGCUCUGAGGGAUACAUGGCAGCUUUGUGGCUGCUUUGUGUAUUCAUGAAAGAUAGUUUUGUUCAUUUGUGAGAUGAGUCAGUUCUGAUUUUAUCUUGUCCUUUUUUUCUUUACAGAGCGUAAAAAAUGCAAUUUAAACUCCUUGUCCUGCCAGUAUGCUUUGUGAUUAUCAAAGCACACCCACUCAGUCGAGAUAGCUCCAGUGGAGAGAUAUCAUGGGAUAACAGUGGUCAAAAAGCUAACCAGGCAAAUGAAAAGAGCGAGGUCACCAAGGAGCUCAAUGGGAUGUGGAAGAGUCAUGUGGAAAGCAGCGACAUAUAUUCUCAAGACUCCUAUAAUCUCAUGUCAGGGGAUAUCAGACAUAAACUGAGACUAGAGUCUGAGAGACUCCGGGCACGUCUGAGACAACAGCUCUCCGAGCUGAGAGAUAAGCUCUAUCCGCACACCAGCCAAACUCAGCAUGGCCUGGCCAAUGUCAAGGAACUCUUUGCUCCUCUUACCAAACAGCUCCAGAGUGCUCUUGACUCCACUACUCAAGAGCUCUGUGGACAACUCCAGCUGCACCUCCUGACUUUGAAUCCAGAAGAAGAUGCUCUUCACUUUGAGAUAUCACAAAGACUCAGCCAAAGUCUGGAUGACAGCCAAAAGAAGAUGACUGUCUCCGUUGAGGAUUUCAAAACAAAGAUUUUAGAUUUGGCACAAGAGAACAAACACAGCAGUGGCAGCACGUUCUGGGAGGAAGUGACCUCCAAGCUGGGGCAGGAAGCAAGCACAUUCAAGUUAGAAGUGUUGGGCAGUGUCACAGCACUGAAAGCGUCAUUGGCUGAUCUCCUUAUAUCGCCACAGUAUCUCAAAGAUGAGGUGACUUCAAGAGUGAUCCAGUUUUGCCAGAGUUCCACAAUAAAGAAUGAACGGCUUAUACUUGAUCUAGAGCAACACUUAGUCAGGCUUCAGCAGCAACACAGAAAUGGUGAGUCAGAAACCCACCACCUGAUAGGAAUGGAUUCUUUACAGGACUUCUCCACCAAACUAAAUGCUCUUCUACGAGACAUUCGAAACACUCUGUACUAGAGAGGAAUAUUUAAUAUUUCUCUAACCAUUCUGCAUAUGUCACUGUAAUGUAAAUAUUGUUGAUACUUCUAGUUUAUAUGUAGAGUUUAAACUGAGCCUAAAAGUGUAACUGGCCUUUUACAAAGAGUGCAGCUAGAGUGGUCAGUAAACAAUGUACAAGAUAGGACAACAGUCUGGUUUUUUAUGCAAAGCAGUUUUAAUGUUGCUCAUUUUUUUUGACAAGUUUGAAAUGUGUAAAAUAUUCAGUGUAAAUAAAAAAAAUGUUUAUAAGCAUAAAGAU